GCCCCGCGUCCCCGCCCGCCCGUCCGCCGAGCCGGUCCGGCCGCCGCGAGCAUGCACCCGACGAGCUAGGAGGAAGCCGGAGGAGCCCCGCAGGAAGGACCGAGCGCCGGCUGCCCGCCCGCCCGCCCGGGCCCCUCCCCUGCGGGGCGCCCCCAGCCCCACACCCCCCCACCUUCCUGGGGGGUGGGGGGGUGCGGGCCGCCGACCGCCCGGGACAGCCCGUCUCCCCGCCCCCGGCCCCCUCCCCGGCCCGGCAGGCCAUGGAUCUGACCAGCAGCUCGGGCGGCGGCGAUCCUCGGCAGAUUGAGGAGACCAAGCCGCUGCUGGGGGGCGACGUGCCGGCCCCCGAGGGCACGAAGAUGGGCGCCGUGCCCUGCCGCCGGGCCCUUCUGCUGUGCAACGGGAUGAGGUACAAACUGCUGCAGGAGGGCGACAUCCAGGUCUGUGUCAUCCGGCACCCGCGGACCUUUCUCAGCAAGAUCCUCACCUCGAAAUUCCUGAGGCGCUGGGAGCCGCACCACCUAACGCUGGCCGACAACAGCCUGGCGUCCGCCACGCCAACUGGGUACAUGGAGAACUCAGUCUCCUACAGCGCUAUUGAGGACGUUCAGCUGCUGUCCUGGGAGAACGCCCCGAAGUACUGUUUACAGCUCACAAUUCCUGGGGGAACUGUCCUACUGCAGGCUGCCAACAGCUACCUGCGAGACCAGUGGUUCCAUUCUCUGCAGUGGAAGAAAAAGAUUUACAAAUACAAGAAAGUCCUAAGCAACCCGAGUCGUUGGGAAGUGGUCUUGAAGGAGAUCCGAACCCUGGUGGACAUGGCCCUGACCUCUCCCCUGCAGGACGACUCCAUCAACCAAGCCCCGCUGGAAAUCGUCUCGAAACUGCUCUCAGAGAACACAAACUUGACUACCCAGGAGCAUGAAAACAUCAUUGUGGCAAUUGCUCCUUUGCUGGAAAACAACCAUCCACCACCAGAUCUCUGUGAAUUCUUCUGCAAGCACUGCAGAGAGCGGCCUCGGUCCAUGGUGGUCAUUGAAGUCUUCACGCCUGUGGUCCAGAGAAUCCUCAAGCAUAACAUGGACUUUGGGAAGUGCCCGCGACUGAGGCUGUUUACUCAGGAGUACAUCCUCGCCUUGAACGAGCUCAACGCGGGGAUGGAGGUGGUGAAGAAAUUCAUUCAGAGCAUGCACGGCCCCACGGGGCACUGCCCCCACCCCCGGGUCCUGCCCAACCUGGUGGCUGUGUGCCUGGCCGCCAUCUACUCCUGCUAUGAAGAGUUCAUCAACAGCCGCGACAACUCCCCCAGCCUGAAGGAGAUCCGGAACGGCUGCCAGCAGCCCUGCGACCGGAAGCCCACCUUACCUCUGCGCCUUCUGCACCCCAGCCCGGACCUGGUGUCUCAGGAAGCCACACUGUCCGAGGCGCGGCUCAAGUCGGUGGUCGUGGCCUCCAGCGAGAUCCACGUGGAGGUGGAGCCCGCCAGCACUGCCAAGCCGGCGCUGACGGCCAGCGCGGGCAACGACAGCGAGCCCAACCUCAUCGACUGCCUCAUGGUCAGCCCCGCCUGCAGCACCAUGAGCAUCGAGCUGGGCCCCCAGGCCGACCGCACACUCGGCUGCUACGUGGAGAUCCUCAAGCUGCUGUCGGACUACGAUGACUGGAGACCGUCUCUGGCCAGCUUGCUUCAGCCCAUUCCAUUCCCCAAAGAAGCCCUCGCACACGAGAAGUUCACCAAGGAACUGAAGUACGUGAUCCAGAGGUUCGCUGAAGACCCACGACAGGAGGUCCACUCGUGCCUGCUGAGUGUGCGCGCCGGCAAAGACGGCUGGUUUCAGCUCUACAGCCCUGGAGGGGUGGCCUGCGACGAUGACGGGGAGCUGUUCGCCAGCAUGGUGCACAUCCUCAUGGGCUCCUGUUACAAGACCAAAAAAUUCCUGCUCUCCCUGGCGGAAAACAAGCUGGGACCCUGCAUGCUCCUGGCGCUGAGGGGGAACCAGACCAUGGUGGAGAUCCUGUGCUUGAUGCUGGAGUACAACAUCAUCGACAACAACGACACCCAGCUCCAGAUCAUCUCCACCCUGGAGAGCACGGGCGUGGGGAAGCGCAUGUACGAGCAGCUGUGCGACCGGCAGCGGGAGCUCAAGGAGCUGCAAAGGAAAGGCGGGCCCACCAGGCUAACACUGCCCUCCAAGUCCACAGAUGCCGACUUGGCUCGUUUGCUGAGCUCUGGCUCCUUCGGAAACCUGGAGAACCUCAGUUUGGCCUUCACCAAUGUAACCAGUGCCUGCGCAGAGCACCUCAUCAAACUGCCUUCUCUCAAGCAGCUAAACCUGUGGUCCACUCAGUUUGGAGACGCCGGCCUGCGGCUCCUGUCGGAACACCUCACGAUGCUUCAGGUGCUGAACCUGUGCGAGACGCCUGUCACCGAUGCCGGCCUGCUGGCCCUCAGCUCCAUGAAGAGCCUCUGCAGCUUGAACAUGAACAGCACCAAGCUCUCGGCUGACACCUAUGAAGACCUGAAGGCCAAGCUUCCCAACCUGAAGGAGGUGGACGUCCGCUACACGGAGGCCUGGUGAAGCCCGGGCGGGCGGGAAGCCGCUGCACCCGCAGCACACGCUUGACAAAGCGCCGGAGAGCAGCGGACCGAGGGGCCGCCCCCGCGUCCUGGCUGUGACAUAGAUGGGGGGUCUUUCUGGGGGCCGAGGGCGGAGGGGGGAGGGGGGAGGGUCGGAGGCACGCCCAGCCCCCGCCUGAUUCUUUUAGCUUCAUAAUCGGAUACCUUGACCUGAUCUAAAACGGACUUUGUAGCAACCAGAGGAGCGCCAGCGGGUCGGGGAGAGGGUGGGGGUGGGGGCUUGGGGAGGGGGGACCCUUCGUGGAUUUUCUUUGCCUUUGUGUUCAAUGCCGUGUGGGAAAAGUCAACUCCGAUGCCACCGUCACGCGACCCCAGUGGGCCUGGAGGCGGAGGAAGGAUGCUGUCCUCUGAGGCCCCGCGGGGAACUCGCCCCACCAUCGCCGUCGGACUAGACCCAGUCACGUCAUCCCACCGUCCUGUGUCCUCGCCAUUGCUAUGCAACGUGAUUCUUGUUGUACAUAAGAUUUAAAUAAUGCGCCUAUUUAAGAAACGUUGACAAAUUGCAGGUCUGGGACCUGCCUCUUAUUUAUGAAGUCUCUGACCCGCCCGCCCGCCCGCCCGCCCGCCCUGGCCUGUCGUACUGUACAAACCAGUCAGCUGUCGGGGUAGUGGUUGUGUUCUUGUUAUUUUUUUAAAGGAAACAAACAGACAAAAAGAAAAAAAAAAAAAAAAAACAAUCUCCUUGGAAAAUGACUUGCUUUUUCGUAAUGGAUUCUGUAUGCUAACGCUCUCUUGUCCGUCCGCCAGCCCCUCUGCCCGCCACACCCCGCCACCGUGCAUUUCCCCGAUUCCAGAGGUCUCCAGGUUCCUCGUGGGGUGGGAGUCAGGCUGGGGGAGGAAGAGCGGGGGUCCCCACCUUGUAGUCUUGCUCCUCUGAGGCCCCAGCUUUCUCUCGGCCCCUUUUACACGUUUGGAGGAGGGGUGUGCUAACCUGUCCUCCGUCCGUCCGCCCCGUAGGAGAGCCCUCCCGUCUCCAGUGGCCCCUGAGGUCCCCGUCCCAACUGAGACUCUGCGACCUGUGGCCUCCCCACCGUCCUGUGCCUCCCACGCCCCUCAUGCAUGCCCGCCUCUUUGCAUGGUCCCUCGGGAGAAGAGAGACAUCGCCUCCACCAGCCUGCCCCCCCCCACGAAUGUGACCACUGCAGCGCAGACGCCCCUCCUGUCCCCUUCCGUCCCACACCCGCCCCAAAGACACACCAACCUCCAUUUCUUUUAUAGACAAGCCCUCACUGUACAGAACAGCCCUCCUGGUUUACUUGGGGUCCCCUCUCCCCCAAGCCCCUUCUUCUGUUGGUUUAGCACAAACACCCCCUCCGGCACCUCCAGACCUAACCCCCCGUCAAUGUAAUUGUUUUAUAUAUAUUUAAUCUUAUUCAAUGGAAACCAUGCUUUUGUCGUUUUAUACUUUGCUAGGUAGACUUUAUUACCCACCCCCGACUAUGCCCUCAUUUUUUUAAAAAAGGAAAAAAAAAAAGACAUUGGGUUUCAGUCUUAAUCCAUUUUCCGUGCCAGGUUUGAUUUCGUGUGUGCGUGUGAGUGUGUUCCGUUUCGUGUAUUGUUUUUUUUGUUGUUGUUGUUUUCUGUUGUUCGGUUUUACCUGCUCCCCUCCAGUCCCAUACUUUACAGCACUCUGGUGCAGGAAGAAGCAGAAGCAAAAAAGAAAAAAAAAAAAAAAAUUUAAAAAGAAAAAAAAAAAGAAGAGCCGAGACAUGCCACCUUUCCCUUCGCACUGUUGCUUUUCCUGAUGGUUAAUAUGCUGUCACGUAGCUGUGUUCAGAGAUGUGAAAUACUUUCAGGCAAAAAUAAACUGUAAGUGACUCAUUGA